UACAGACUCUGUAGAUCAGCUUGGCCGGUUGUCCUGCCCUGCCCGUUCGCAGCAAGCGCGACCACCACAGCAACCGCUCGUCAUCACGACCACAUUAUACGAAACGAGAACCGAACAAUUCUACUCUUUCCAUCAUCAUCAGUCGAUAUCCAUUUCCGACGCGAAAUCCCGCUCGAAGCGCGCAAUCGAUUUUCUUGGACCGUGGAGCUUAACCUGCGAAAUUAAGCCUCUUUCCCGCACCAGCCACCGGCCUUGUCCUAGCAACGACCGACACCAACAACUUCGAUACUCCCGACUGGGGAAAAAACCUCGAUUUCUCAACAUCGCCCUUUGAAUACGAAACCGCAAACCCAAGAAAAAGCUCACGAUCGAUUUCGUACCGAAUUUCCUUUGUUGAUUGUCGUCAUUCCUCGGUGGGCCGACUCCAACGACGACCGCUUCUUCUCGAUCGCUCCCGUUGUGAUUGCUCUUGGAUGCACCCCCUUUGAUCAAGGAGCUACGCAUCCACAGUCACAAUGGGGUCUACCGAAUUUGGAAACUUCCAUGAUUUUUGCAGAGACUCGACUCUCCCGGUCUGCAAUCUUCUAUCCAACCCUGCCCAUGACCAGAAUUCUGCGAGCUGGGGAGGUUGUGAGCUCAAGGGCAUUCCCUUGAGUGGGGGCAGGCACCUUGGAAAUCUGGGAUCGAUUUUGCUUGCCGCCAUCGCUAUCGCCGCGGCUAGCUUUUUGGUGCUUCGCUCGGAAAGGAAGCGAGCUGCUGUUGGACGAAGGGAAAUGCAACUAUUCCUGAUCGGCUACAUCAUCAUCAGUAUAUGCGAAAUCUUCUCAGUUGGCGAGUUCCCACUGAACAAGACUGCCCGGAUUGUUUUCUCUUCUGUCCACAUUGGCAUGAUUACUGCCACAACCUGGGUCUUGUUCCUUAAUGCUGUUGUUGGCUACCAGAUCAUCGACGAUGGAACUCCCAUUUCCGUCAUCCUCUUCGUUGUCUCAGCUGCCGCGUUGCUCAUUGGCAGCGGGUAUAUCGCCCUCGACACUGGCCUAUCGUGGACAGGCUUUUGGGACGACAGCUAUGACGCCCCCAACAGGAACAUCGCCAUCUACGUCCUCUACCAGCUCUUCCCCCUGGUCUGCCUCGUUGCGUACUUUGUCUUGGAAGCUAUUCUGGUCAUCCGAAUCCUUCGCGAGCUUCGACCCUUGCUCUACCUAGUGGGCGCGGCCCUGCUCUUCGCCAUCGGCCAGGUUUUCAACUAUGCCGUCAGCAAGUACAUCUGCGACGGCACUAGCGGCAAGAUCGACGGAUCUCUUUUCCAGACACUAUUCACGCUGCUCGCUGUCGUCAUGUUAUGGGUUUUCUGGUCUAGCAUCACCGAAGAUGAUUGGCCAAUGCCCGUCACCAGCACCUAUCCUUAGUGGGAUGGCUACGACACAGCGGUCUAUUUUCAGCGGCGUUUCACGGUGGCGGCGUAAAAUAUCUUGGUUUCAAUGUCUCUCGUUUUUACUCGACGACUCAGCUCACGGUCGAACGACGUACACAUGUUGAUGGGAAUGAUUUUUGAUGGAGCACAGCGAGUCGGCAUUCUUUUUGGUGUUCUGGGUCUCUGCCGUGCCCAGGAAGCGAUACGGCCAUACGACAGCGAUUGGGUAUCUAAGCCAGGGGCACCUUGCAUACGACUCUCUAUUGAAGAGGAGAGGACAUAUUCUUUUCGAGCCUUGCCGACGGGAUUUAUUGGCGGAAGUGCUUGCUGGAUUGAGUCUUGCUGUUCUAGGCUGGUGACGGUGUCCCGCUGGCCUGGGCUGUAUAUAGUGGUGGUUUAGUAUAGAUUCGACUGCGUAGUUAUACCCUGAUGAGCGACUAAUGCAUAAGAUCGAAUACAGAUUCGAUUAAUACAAUAAACGAAAUGCAA